GUUUGUACUUCCGGUUUCAGAAUUUAUGCACUUGUACUGAUCUGUGUGGGAUUAAAUCGAUAUUUUUCACAUUUUAACUACAAAAUUUCCAAGAUUAACCUUGUCAACCAGAAGUGUGACUUUUGGAUGACAGUUACUGCUCAGCAGAUUUAAACAAAGGAUAUAAUCUUAACAAGCAAAAUAUCUAGAAGAUAAAUAAAAGAGGCCAACUAAAGCAGAAAAAGUUCAAAGAUUUCUUUGAAUUUUUCACUAACCGUCGUGACGGCUCAGCUAGUCAUCACGGAGUUGCUGUACAGCCAGAUUUGUUUUACCAAUAGGAUUUACCAACAAGAUCUCACAUAGCCUGGAAAGACUUCCCUCUAUGUAAGAAGACAAUGGCCUUACUUGGAAGAGACAACAGCGAAGAUCUGAAUUAUAUUAAAGAAACUGAACCUUUUCUUUCGACAUCAUCUAGUCAUGGGGGCAGCCUGGAAACUGAAGGAAGACAAGAAAUUGCUCCCUUGCCAGGCCCUAUUCCUUGCGUUUCAACAGCACCUGUCCCAUUUUCCCAGUUAGAGGUAGAGAGUAGACCUCGUCUUUCAAGCUUCAGGAGUUCCUUUAACGAAGAUGUUGAAAAAUUGUUUUCUAUGCCGGAGAAGUUUGACAUUACAGCACUAUCAUCUGGGUCAGAGCUGGUUACUUCUAACCGCAGUGACCCCAAUUUUCAGACCGGUGCUCAAGUGAUGGAAAAGCAAUUCUUAGAUGAUAUUGAAGUUGAGAAUUUUUCAAAUCAUAGAACCUCUAGAUUUCCCCACCAGCACCAUCCACUAAAAGCCAUGAGGAGUAAAUCAUUUAAACACAGCCGUCCAUCUCAGGAAAAAGUGAAGAAAAAGAAAAAGAAGAAGAAAAGAAAAAUGAAAACCCCUAAAAGUUUUCCCUCUAGAUCGGCUCUGUUGUCACCUACCAUUCACGAAGUUGAGAAUGAAGAAGAUCAUUCAUUGGACCAGUCCUCCUCGGAUUCCUCUGAUGAAACAGACGGCAUGGAAUCGGAGACUGAAAGACAGGAAAAUGGGGUAACAUACACUCUAAUGGAUACUGGAGUGCACCAACCAGAAUCUGAAAACUUUAUAGAAAUGGAACGAUCGGACUCUGUAGACCUCAUUGAAAAGGAACGGUCCACCUUUAGAGAUCUCAUCAGCAGUGAGACAACAAGAGAUGACCCUGUUGAGAGUAUUAAUGAGCUUAAACGACAAGGAUCUGAGCCGAACGACUUCAAGCUGGAUCUUUCUGAUGAUGAUAGAAUAAAUUUGAAAGAUUCCCCUGCCAUAAUUCUGACUUCACCCUCGCCAGUUCAUUUUGAAUAUCCAUCGUCACCUGUCACGUCUUCAGCAUUGAAGCCUCAAUUUCAGGUUGGUCCUGUUUCAUCGGGAGCCUCUUCUGUUGAAGACCUUCAGCAUUUGGGUAAAGUCUGGCCUACAAACCAGUCCAAGAAGAGUGAAAAAGGGUCAAUAGAUGACGACAAAGUUGUAUUUUAUUUUGGAGAUACUGAAUCGGUCAGUUCCCAAAAAAAUACACCAAAGAGAACGUUUUACUUAGCCGAUGAGAAUUCUCUGUCUUCACGAAAGAAGGAGUCCGAUAUAGGGUCAUUCAAUUCAGUGACAUCAUCAGUGUCCCAACCGGCAGAUACGGAAUCAAUAUAUUCUGGAACAUCUGUAUCAAGGGGACCUCCAGAGACUAACUGGACAGAUGUACUGUCAGAUACCAGUGCAGAACCCGUAUUGUCUCAAAGUGCCUCACAAGAGGGAGCUAAAAGUAUGAAAGAAGCUGUAGGGUCAAGCAAAGUCAAAUUUCAUAUGGGUAUGGACGAGGAUUUAGAACCACCGAAUAAAGUCACAUUUAAAAUGGGGGCAGACAGUAACUCCAAUCUAGAGGCCUUGGACAAAGAAAAUGAUCCAUCAGCAGAACAAGUGAUUCAUAAUAAUAACAGGAGAGGUUCUAGAUCAUCAGACGGGCGGCCACACAAGCACCGUCAUCACCACCACCAUCAUGAGCACUAUAAACAAGAAGAUCUGUUACUACGGCGACAGAAGGGGAGCGAAGUCCACCUGGACAAAAAACUUCAGCGUGUUCCGACUGAGGCUGACGAGGCUAAUUUACUACAUACAGCUGAUUUGGAUGAAAUGGCCAGCCAUAGAUUGGAGAAUUUACAAGGAAUUAGAAGACAUAAAAUCAACAGGAAGAAACGUAAUGCCAUGGCAUCCAUCGUCCAUAUUGGAAAGGCUGACAAGGCCAAGAAAAAGUUUUACAAGGAACCAAGAAAAAAAUUUGAUCACAGUCCUCAUGAGGUGUUUGUAGAACUUGAUGAAUUGUAUGUUGGAGAGUCUAAGGAAUUUGAAUGGAGAGAGAAAGCUCGUUGGAUCAAGUUUGAGGAAGAUGUAGAAGAAGGAGCAGAAAGAUGGGGGAAACCCCAUGUAGCCUCACUUUCAUUUCAUAGUCUGCUGGAACUUAGAAGGGGAUUGGAGAAUGGUACAAUGCUGUUAGACAUAGAAGCAACAGAUCUACCAACCAUUGUUAACAACAUAAUCGACAGCAUGAUUAUACAUGAUCAAAUUAAGCCUGAAAACAAAGGCAAUAUACUAAGAACUCUGCUUCUUAAACAUAAACAUGUUGGUCAAAGAGAAAACUUUAUCCGAAGGAAUUUUUCCUAUAUGAAUCUACGUGGAUUAGACAGAUACAGACAUCAGAGUACUAAGCAUUCCUUGAUGAAGUCACUGUCGACUGCUAGCUUCCGAUCAGUAGGAUCUCAAAACAGCCUUGAUCACAACGAUAAGAACUUUACUCGGCAGGAUUCAGUGAAGGAGAAAUUAUUGGAUGAUAAUCAUCAAGACACAAAGGGCAAGCUUGAAUUUGUUAAAGUUGAUGUUGACAACAAUAUGCCAUCAGAUGGUGUACAUAUUGGAAUUACUCCAGCUCAAGACCCUCGUCAAAAGAACAUCCAGGAUAUCAUGAGGAGGAUCCCAAAGGGAGCAGAAGCUACGACAGUACUCGUAGGAUGUGUGGAUUACCUGACCAAACCAGCUGUAGCUUUCGUCCGAUUGGCUGAGGGACAGUAUCUCGAUAACCUGACAGAGGUGCCACUUCCUGUUAGAUUUUUGUUUCUGCUGCUUGGACCAGAGAAUAGCGGAAUGGAUUAUCAUGAAGUUGGUAGAUCUAUAUCUACGCUGAUGUCAAAUCAGCAUUUUCAUGAUGUGGCUUACAAAGCUGAGAGUCGUCGUGAAUUGUUGGGUGCCAUUAACGAAUUCCUUGAUGAAUCGAUAGUGUUGCCACCUGGUGAUUGGGACCAGAAGACACUCUUGCCUAUUAUGGAUAUGGCAAGGAAGAAAGCAAGACUGAAAAGGAGAAAACAACAAAAGGAAGAAGAAAAACAAGCUCUUCUAGAGAAGGAGAAAAAAGAUAAAAUUCCGUUGGAUCCAUUGAGAAGGACAAGAAAAAUAUUUGGUGGACUUUAUUACGACAUAAAAAGACGUUAUCCUCACUAUAUUAGUGAUUUUAAGGACGGAUUUAAUCUGAAAUGCCUGGCAGCUAUUGUAUUUAUAUUUUUCGCCUGUUUCGCUCCUUGUAUUGCAUUUGGUGGUCUUCUCAGUGAGAAGACCUAUGAUUAUCUUGGUGUCAAAGAAACUGUGAUAAGCACCUCUGUUUGUGGUAUUAUAUUUGCUUUGUUAGCAGGACAACCUUUAAUGCUUGUUGGUGCUACUGGACCUGUCCUCGUUUUUGAACAGUCCCUUUAUAUGUUUUGUAAGAAUAAUAAUAUCGAGUUUUUGACUAUGCGGGUAUGGAUAGGAUUCUGGGUAAUGUUGAUUUCUAUAGUAGCUGUUGCAGCAGAGAGCAGUUUCCUCGUCCGUCAUAUCUCCAGAUUUACCGAGGAAAUCUUUGCCAUUCUCAUCUCACUCAUUUUCAUUUUUGAGGUCAUCAAGAAAAUUGAUGAGACAUUCAAAGAUCAUCCGUUGUUGUUAGAUUACUGUGCCAAAAACAAUUUGACUAAUAGCAGUCUGUCGUCUAACGGCAAUGUUACCCUUUACCCUGUGUUAAACGUGACUUCGUUGCCUGGAUACACGUUCGCCAAUGAUUCUUUUCCAGAGGAGGCUGAGGACGAUACACAUUACAACAAAUACCUCCAUUACAAAGAGGUUAAAAAUAGACCCAAUACGGCUCUCAUGUCGACGAUAUUAACAUUAGGGACGUUUCUCAUCGCGUAUUUCCUAAGGAUUUUUAGAAACAGUAAAUUUUUAGGAAGAAGGGCGAGAAGAGCUUUGGGAGAUUUUGGGAUUGUUAUUUCUAUUAUUUUAAUGGUGCUGUUAGAUUUGUCAAUAGGAGAAAGUGUAUAUACUCAGAAAUUACAAGUUCCGCCCACUUUAGAGCCUACACUUAAACGUGGAUGGGUCGUGAACCCUGUAGGUACAAAGAAGAGAAUUGAAGUCUAUAUUAUUUUCGCCUCGUUUAUUCCAGCUGCUCUCAUCUUCAUGCUGCUCUAUCUUGAAACUCAAAUCACAGAGAUGAUAUUAAACAAGAAAGAGCUUAAGAUGAAGAAAGGAUCAGGAUUCCAUUUAGACAUGGUUUUAGUAGGGGUUAUGACCUUUAUGUGUUCAUUGUUUGGCUUGCCAUGGAUGUGUCCAGCUACCGUCAGGACUAUUGCUCAUGUGUCGGCACUCAGCGUUAUGAGCAGACACCAUGCUCCAGGAGAAAAACCAAAGUUAAUGGAAGUUAAGGAGCAGAGAGUGACUGCACUUGUUAUGAAUAUUAUCAUAGGUAUAUCUUUAUUCUGGGAGCCUGUUUUAAAGGCUGUGCCCAUGGCUGUGCUGUUUGGUGUGUUUCUGUACCUAGGUAUAUCUUCAUUGAGCGGGGUACAGAUGUUUAAAAGACUCAAACUUUUACUCAUUCCGGUCAAAUAUCAUCCAUCAAGAGGAUUUGUUCGUAGGGUGAAGACUAUGAAGAUGCAUCUUUUCACCAUCAUACAACUAGUACUCCUCGUUAUGCUGCUGAUCAUUAAAUCUACUGCUGCAGCUCUAGCAUUCCCAUUAUUUGUUAUACUCCUCGUGCCCCUCAGAAUCAGUGGAUUACCUAGGAUUUUUACUGGUCAAGAGUUACAUGAGCUUGACCAGGAAGAAGAAGAUUCAGAUGAUGAAGAUAUAGAUGAUCCAGAUUUCUAUCAGCUGGCUCACAUGCCUGUAUAAGAAAACACUUUAAAGAUUAUGAAUUGAAAACAAACAUUUAUCUGAUGCUGAUUAUGUCUGCUUUAAUUUUGUUUUUGUUUUAUUAUAACUGUUUUGAGAUUUUGGAAAUCCAAGCAAGAUUAAUAAGUGUUCAGAGUUGGGUUUUAUUUAUUAGUUUAUUAAAGAUAUGGACUAAGCCUGUCAAUAUUUAAACAAGGAAAGUUGUCAUGUAAGAUCAUGUAAAAUACUGUAUAAUCAAACUAUAUAUUCAGAAAUUUUUGCAUUUAUUUUUGCAAUUGUUGAAAUUAAGGACAAAAAUGUGAGGAAAUGCUGCAUACAUAGAAUGCCAUCAAAAUUUAAAAUGUGAAUUUUUAUUAGUGAAUCCUAUUGGGGUUGUAAUAUCCAAAAAGCUGAAUAUUAUGAUUUCUAAUGGGAGGGGCGGAAGAGGGAUUGAAAUUCAGGAGAUUUUGACUCCCACCGGAAGAAUCACAUGUAUGCUAUCCUGUCAUAAUUUUCAAAACAAAAAAACAUCACAAAAAUUUCUGAAUUAAGUUUAUCUGUUUUAUUAAAUGACUCCUUCUGCAAACAACAUUUCCCAUUUUUGAAAAAAAAGGGAAGUUUUGAUUUUAAGUUCCUGACAACUGAAGUAGCUGCUAUAGAGAAAAGGAUUAUAUUAACCCUUAUUUAGUUACUAUAUAUAUUUGGUCCACAGAAUUUUCUGUUAUAUUUAUUCAAGAGGGAACAGGAUUCCCCCCUCUUUUUUACGGAGCUUUCAGUUUUGUUUUUAUUUUGUUUUCAUGAUAUAUUAGAUUAUUUUUAAUUAUGAAUGUGUAGAUAUUCAUUUUUUUUUUUGUUAAAAUAGUGCAUAAGAAAAUACUGUAUUGUUAAAAUGUAAGCUGUAUACAAAAUGCUUACUUUUAUAGAAUUAAGGUUCAACUGUUUUGAAGAGGGAAGGUCCUGAAUGCUUGAAUUGUUCACCGCCAUCUUACAUUUUUCACCUUUUUGCUUGAAUUUCUGGUAAUCGUCCUUGAUUUCUGAGUUUAACGCUUCAGCUAACAUGUACACUUUACAGCAUUGCAGAAAAACUCUACAUUUUACACUUUAUGACCUUAUUUCCUUUGCAUCAAAAUCUAACAAUAUAAAAAUAAGGAGAUAUGAUUGUCCAUCAGACAACUAUAAACCAGAGACCAAAGGAUCUCCAUGUAAGCAACUGUAGGUCACUGUACAGUAUUCAACAUGAUUUAAUGUGCUAUUUUUUAGCCAGGCUAACCAAAACAGUUGUUUACAUCUGUUUUUCAGUAUUUAGUGGACUGUUGUCGCAUUUACUAUCAAACCUCAUCCUAUUUUUAUAUUCUAAUUUGUUUUGUACAAUCCCUGAAUUUCAAACAUGAACAAUACCUAGCGAUAGAUAUGUUCCCAAAUGGAGUCUUAACCUGCAUAUAUUAGCUAAAACAACAAUCAUUUUUCAAGAAUACUUUUUAAUCAUUUCUUUUCAAUUUUAAUUGAAAUUUUAACCAAAUUUCCUAAAUUAGUUACUGCUUUUUUUUUCAGAAAAUUUUACAAUUUACAGAAAUUCAUCUUUUUAAUACAGACCAAAAAUCCAUUAUUUUCUUAAAUCAUGUAAAUCCAAAAUGCCAAGAUAAUAUUUUAAAACUUUAUUGACCAUUUCCUUUUAUAAAAGUGAUUAUUUUCUCAAUUAUUGCUUUUUAACCUUAUGAAGGAAAUACUAACAUUUUGUUCUUGUAUAGGGAUUACACUAUUUUAAACUUUUUACCUAUAUUUGCUAUUAAAAAUAAAUAUAUUUUAUUAUUUUUAUGUAAUUUUUUUAGGAUUGUAAUCAAAAUUUCAAUCAAUGAAUGUACAUUUGUAACCGGAAUAUUUAUUGAUUAAUUAUAAACUGUUAAUAUUUUUUUGUGUCUUGCUGAUUUUAGUCAGAUUAUGAUGCAUCUUAAUUCCUAGCGAUCUCAGUGGUGUCUUAAAAAGUAUUUUCAUAUGUUAAGUCUUUUUAAAUUCAUACACAGAUGCACAACAUUUGUACAUUUUUAAAGGAAUGUUUGAAUUUAUUAAGGGCUAUUUCAUAAAAUGAAUAUUAAAGGGUAUACAUUAGGUAAUGCCCCUUUUUACUCUCCAUCAUCUAUUUCGAUGGAAAAGUCCUAAUUUGGAUCCUCAAAAGACGACUGAAAUUCUACAACCAAAAACAAUUAAAUUUUAAUUUUAUGAAAAACUAAUUUAAGAAAAAUCAAAAUUUAAUCAGUUGUUUAAAUAUCUCUAAAUUAAAAUAAAAUUCAAAUUGAAAUCACUUGUAAGUUGAAAUUGGUUAACACUUAUAAGAUAUUGGUUGUAUUAAAAUAUUUUUUUUAAACGUGUAAUAAAAAAAAAUGGUUGUUUAAAAAAAUUGAACUAUAACCCAGCCAAAGUUUCUGCAUUUGUAAGAAUGCAUUACAUUUAAUUAUUUUCUGAAUUGCUUUUUUAUUAUUGUAGAAAUCUGUUGAUCUUAUGAAAUCAUUGACCUUUAACCCAAACAUGAUCUCCGUAAAGUUUAUUCACCUAAACUAUUUUGUGUAGAUUUAUAAAGAAAAGUCUACGACUCGAAUGAUUUUUUAUUUGCGGGUUGUUGUCCUACUUAUCUUCAUAGCUAUUGAAAACAGUGGAUACCUUAUUACUUAACGAGUACAAAUUUUCUUUGAUUUCAUGAAUAUAGGUAAACCACAAAGUUCAAAAAAGUUCAAAUUUGAAUAGGCUUGUCUGCAAAACCAUUAUAUCAAAUAUACAAAAAAAUAGACAAUUCUUCCUGAACCUACGAACAUUGGUAUCCACGGAAAUAACUGAAUCCACAGUGACAGUACUGAUUUUAUUUAAGCGUAUAUUUUUUUUUAAACCGCAUGAAAGUCUGUAAAUAGCAAGCUGGUAUUCCUCCUUUAUACAGAGGGAAUUCAUUAAACCUAUACAAACCAAUUAUUCCAUGAGGGUCUGGAUGUGGGGGGGGGGGGGGGGGGUAUGUAAUUAAUGCACUUUUGUUAAAAUAUAAUUAAAUAGAGCGUUUUUGUGCCUACCUUGCAGAAUUAAUCAUUCUGUAUUAGUCCUGGGUACUCAGUCAUAAAACUUUACUCAGUACUCGGAGUACAAAAUUUGUGCUCGAAACACCAAAUCAAGGAUUUUGAUUGGUUGAUUUCCGAGUCUGAGUACGAAAAUCGUGCUUGAAAGUUUUAUGACCGCAAGGCCUGGAUUAACCUACUUUUAUAAUAUUUAGCUAUCAGCUGAUUGGCUUUAUCAACCAGAGAGCCCAAAUCAAUAUCCUUGAUUUGUGAGACUCAUCACUUGUACAAAAAGUUCAGACCCUCUUGAGUGGGAAAGAUCCAACACUGGGAGGGCCGGAUUAAUUAAGGUUACCUGUAGUUAACACAGGAAGAUUUAAGGGGGGACUGGGCCACCCUUUUAACUCUAUAUAUGGUUAUUGCAUAGACUUGCUACAUAUCCCUCUAAAUUUUUCCUAGUUAGGGGCCCUAGGCCCCACUUUUUUCUAAAUCCAGGAUCCGCAUCUGGUUAAACAGGACAAUUUUUUUUCCUGGAUGACUCCCAUAUAAUUACAUAUAUUUAGAAAUAUAUGUUAUAUAUUUGCUUUUUGCCAUAUCAUACAUUUUAAUGUUGCUUAUUAUGUGUUGUUAUUACUUAGAAUGUUAUCAAUAAUCUCAAUAGGCCCUUUCAAGGUAAUUGCGGCGGCCAUUUUGAAUAGGAGCAGAUUUUCAUAAUGGAGGUGAAAAUGCUUUGAAAAACAUGGGGAAAAUAUUAUUGAAAAAGAACCUUUUCAAUAUGGGCGCAAUAACCAUGAAGUGGCCUAUUUUGUGGAGAUUAUAUUAUUAUACAGAAUUUGUCUCGACUCCAAAGUCCUAAUAUAUUUUAAGUUAUGUCUCUUAGAAAUCCAAAAGUACUACUUUUUGAUAUAUAUUUAGAUAAUUUUAGAAUUACAUCUAAGGUGUCAACUUUUAACCUACAAAAUUUUUGAAGAGUGAUUUUUUAAUUUUUUUUAAUAUAAGACGAGGUUUCAGACGGGGAGCAACGGACACAUACCAUCCUAGAAAAGAAAUAUCAAUGUAAUAAAGGUAAAAUUACGGCCGAUUCUAGAUAAAAAAAGGUCCCCCCCCCCCCCUUCCCAACAUCAAAUCCUGGAUCUGCGAAAGAGAUUGAAAUCAGUAUUCAAAUGAGUCCAAUUAAUAGUGAAUUAGCAUCAGUUGGCUUGGGUACUCUAUGGUAUGUGGUACUCUUCUACUUAUAAUGUGAUAAUGGAGAAAGGGGGAGAAUUAGUGUGACAUUUUUUCAAAGAAGAUUUUUCUUACCCUGUCAAAAGACUUGUCUGAAGGGGGAAAUUUUCAUCUUUUUAAAAAGUAUUUGGUCGGUUCCUACAGAUAUCUGUAAAGUUGACAUCUGUUUCAAAAGAGAUCCAUAGAAACUAUUCUGCAAUCGCGUGUACGUUUUUUUCAUGCAGUCAAAAUGUAUUUGUAAUUAUAUUUCAUUGUCAAAUACUGUCAAAUAAGUAAAAUUCAACUACAGAAUUUAUCACCAUAUAUUGUGAUCUUAUCUUAAGUAAUUUUAUACAAGAUCAUACUGCUUUAAUUUGUUCUGACAGAAGGAGAUGAGAAGGUUUUUUAAAGUGCCAGUCUUUGUAAGAAUCAGGCAAUUUAGAAAAUUUCAAAACAUGGCUGAAAAAAACCCACUGACCUAACUAUCCUAUUUUGAAGUUACACUCAUCCGGAGUUAGAAAUGGUAGGUCUUUUGUUUCUGCAUGUCUGGUAAUUCGAGAAAUCUCUAGAUCACUUUUGGUUAGAAUGAUAGCAAAUUACGGAGUUAGCUCCCCUUAUUUUUAAAUUCUAGUGCAUUUCAACCAAAUUAUAUGUUGAAUUACCAGAACAGGAAAAGGAAACGAUUGUUAUAUUUGUGCACCAUUAUACAAUUUGAACAUAAAUUAAUGUCAACUUGAGUGGGUUUUUGUUUGUCAUGUUUUCACCAUUGCCUGAUUCUUAGGCAGAUUGACACUUAAGGUGUAGAAAAUUUUAUCUAGUUUAAUGUUUAUUUUUUAUUUAGAAUGGUUGUUAUUUCAGAUUUUUGUUUCAAAUACUUGUACAAGUUACAUGCUUAAUGAAGAUGUGAAAAAUUUUCAAUAUAUGUAAAAGUAAAAAGUAUUAUAAAAAUCAUAUUUUUCCCCGGAUUUUUUAUAUUAACAUCGACAGUAAUAUAAACUUUUUUUUAAUAGUGAAAAAAGACAUUUUCUAUACCAUUUAUAAAAUAAACCAUUUAUUUUGUUGACCUAUGACCCAAGUAUUGUUAUUUUGUUUUAGCUGUGAUUGUGUCUGUAAGAGAACUUGUGGUACAAGAGGCCCCUGCUCUUAAGAUUAUUACUGUAUAUAUAUUAUAUCAAAUUGUUUCUUUGUUUGUUUGUUUAUGAAGAAAACUAUAUUUUUACAAAUUUCAUUAGAAAUGGCGAUAAAUACAUCUUGUACAAUUCACAUGUAGCUAUUUUUUAAAAAUAAAACAUUUUUUAAGUAAAUGA